AUGGGUAGCUCUGAACCACCGCUCUUCCUACGACAGCAGCUGGAGAAGCUGCUUCCACCAGCGGAGAAGUUAGGGGCGUCAUUGAAGGUGGAGGGGGUGAGUUGCACCAGCAGUGAUCAUAGCCGUAACUGGCGGAACACAAUGCUGCGUCAGUACCUUUACAGCGUGGUGGACGACAUUCUGAGGGACGUGGUGAACGGCGGAUUUGGGGCCGCGAUUGUCGAUCCUGCCAGCGGUAAGCUCCUGGCUGCUGAGGCCAUCUUCAAGGAUGUCGAUACGCUCUCAUUGGAGAGUCUUGUGGCUGCCUUGUACCGGGCCCUGAAGGACUUCCUGAGAGAGACAGAGUCUCUGGAUGAAAAGUUCUCGUGGCUCGGAACCUUUGGCGUUACCCGAUGCCAGAUGCUCGGCCAGAGCGGGCUCCUUGCCGCGAUCGACUACUUCCUCAGCCGUGCAAAAAAGGAGCCUGCGCUGUGCCGUGCCUUCCUGGCGCGGCUCGACAAAUCGUUCGCCGACCCGACCAAACGCUACUGCGCCAUUAGUGUGCGCGCGCUCGCGCGCGCCUGCCUCAAGCAUCUUCUGGGCGCCGCUGACGACACCGCCCAGGCGCCUGAUGACGUCUUUGGUCAAGUCAACGCCGCGCUGCCUACGGAGGCGGGUGUUGGCAAUUUGGAGGAGGCCGGCUGGUACGCGCCACUGGACGAAGGCACUUGGAUCGAGAACUACUUUCAAGUUCCUGCCCCAGACGUGCAGAGCGGCGCGACACAAACUCUGCACCAGCCCGCCGUGAUGCCCCAGGCCGCCACAACGCCUCUUCAGGGGGAUCAGCGAUUGCCCGUGUACGAUCUGGCACGCGACCUGGUUUCCAACGGGCACGCGUCCCUGGUUCUCGAAUCCUUCGGACCUGUCGCCAUGGAAAUGGUGGAAGGAGAGAAUGCCGUUGAGAGGGUCCAAGAGUUUGAGGCGCAAGCUGCUCCCUCUGCUCUGAACGAAGCGGGAGGGCGCAGUUUUGGAGGGCUUGAAAGUUUGAGCUGGUAUUGUCAGGCUGCUUCUCAGACAUAG